AUGUGCAGCCACAAGAACAACCAGCUGUUCAGGCAGCAUGGAUCCCAAGAUGAUGAUUGGUAUGAAGAUGACACCAGCGAGGAUGAAUCUGGGUUUGAAGAUGACUCAUACCAAGGAAAGGAUAACCGCGCCAAAGAAAUGGAAGUCCUUGAGUUACUGAGCAAAAAAAUCCAGUCACUGGACGAAGAGGUAGAAAUGCUACAGAAAAGCAUAGAGGAUUUGGAUGAUGAACGGAACAGUGACUGUGAGACCUGGAAGGAGGAGAAAAUGGCCCUUAAUGAAGUGAAUGACCAGCUGUUCAAAGAAACAGAAGAGUUUAGAUUAGAGCUGGAGAGGAAGAGUAAUCUCUUACUCAGUUUGGAAACUGAAGCCUUUCAAGUUCACAAGGAAUGCAGCAGUGCAUUACAGGAGAAUCAGCUACUAGAAGAAAGGUGCCAGGAGCUGAACAUCAGCAUCAGGUCAAACAUCAGGCCAAAGAUAGAGCUGAAAAAACAGGUGCAGCACUUACAGGACUGUGAGAACAGUAUCGAGGAAAUACAGGCUUUGGAAUCAGAGACGACAAUCAUGGCCCAAAGCAUAAAAGAGCAGAGGAGAUUGAUUGAAGAGAUCUGUAAAGCAGAAGCUGAACAAGAAGAUGAGCUAAACAAAUGGAGAGCAAGAGUUUUGGAGCUCGAAAGGCAAAAAUUAAGACGCUCAGCAACAAAGCCUCCACUGGAGCCUCAACCAGUGUCUCAACCAGACAGACAACCGCAUCCAGUCUGUCUGGUAGAGACACCUCUGGAGCCUCAACCGGACAGACCUGAUUCAGUUGAGGCAGAGACACCUCUGGAGCCUCAACCGGACAGACCUGAUUCAGUUGAGGCAGAGACACCACUGGAGCCUCAACCGGACAGACUUGAUUCAGUUGAGGCAGAGACACCACUGGAGCCUCAACCGGACAGACCUGAUUCAGUUGAGGCAGAGACACCACUGGAGCCUCAACCGGACAGACCUGAUUCAGUUGAGGCAGAGACACCACUGGAGCCUCAACCGGACAGACCUGAUUCAGUUGAGGCAGAGACACCACUGGAGCCUCAACCGGACAGACCUGAUUCAGUUGAGGCAGAGACACCACUGGAGCCUCAACCGGACAGACCUGAUUCAGUUGAGGCAGAGACACCACUGGAGCCUCAACCGGACAGACUUGAUUCAGUUGAGGCAGAGACACCACUGGAGCCUCAACCGGACAGACUUGAUUCAGUUGAGGCAGAGACACCACUGGAGCCUCAACCGGACAGACCUGAUCAGCAGCCUGAGACAUGCCAGCCAACGAAACGACGGAAAACAUGGAAAAGAUUGACUCGUCUGUUCAGAAGAAAGUAA